GAUUAUACCAACACGGCCAAUCGUCCAGAAGAAGAAAGUCAAGACAAGAAACGCCCCGGUCGGUAACCAUUAGGUCUCCCAACAACAUAAACACUUCCAAGUAUCAAACUUGAUCCAAAAUCCAGCACCCAAAUGGCUGAAACUCAGAGACCAGCCACAAUUAUUGAUUCUUUAGGAGAAGAAAUCGUCAGGAUUGUAACUCCCGUUUCAAUCUGCAUGCUUUUGGUGGUCAUUUUGGUCUCUGUUUUGAACUCAGACUCAUCCUCUUCCUCAUCUUCAGUUACAACUAUUGCUACAAUUGCAUACUCUGAGACCAGCUCAGAUUCUUCUUGGGACAAAUUCUUAGGUGCCCUUUUGAACUCUGUUGUAUUUGUUGCUGUUGUCACUGCCGUUACCUUCCUUUUGGUGCUGCUUUUUUAUCUUAGAUGUACAAAGUUCUUGAAAAUCUACAUGGGGUUUUCGGCUUUUGUUGUGUUGGGAUUUAUGGGUGGUGAGAUUGCUUUGUUUUUGAUUCAGAAGUUUAGUAUCCUAAUUGACUGUGUUACAUUCUUAUUGGUUUUGUUUAAUUUUGCUGUUGUUGGUGUGUUGGCCGUGUUUAUAUCGAAAAUGGCCAUUUUUGUGACACAAGGUUAUUUGGUUGUUAUUGGUAUGCUGGUUGCUUAUUGGUUCACUCUUUUACCUGAAUGGACUACUUGGGUGCUGUUGGUUGCCAUGGCAUUGUAUGAUCUUGCAGCUGUUUUAUUACCUGUUGGACCACUAAGGCUGUUGGUAGAGCUUGCGAUAUCAAGAGAUGAAGAUAUCCCUGCUCUGGUUUAUGAGUCUCGACCUGUGAUUAAUACUGAUUCGGGUUCAAGGAAUGGUGUAAAUCAAAGGAGGGUGUGGAGAGACCGGAGAAAUGCGGAGCAUGAUUCAGGCGAGAACUUGAACCAUCAUUUGAACUCUAGUGCUAAUAUGGGUUCAAACUCAAAUUCUAAUACUGUUGUAUCAGUUGUUAGCGAUGGUAAUGAUGCAAGGUUGACUAGAGCUGAAGAAGGGCAGGUUGUGGAAGGGGAUGCUGAGCUGUCUGCACCUUUAAUUGAUCAAAGGAUGAAUGGUCGUAUGCAUAGACAAGAAGACAAUGCAUCGAGUGAAAAUUUGUUGCUAGAAGGUAUUGGAUUGGGGUCAACUGGUGCUAUUAAGCUGGGGCUCGGAGACUUUAUCUUCUACAGCGUGUUGGUUGGUAGGGCAGCGAUGUAUGAUUUUAUGACUGUGUAUGCAUGUUAUCUUGCUAUAAUAGCUGGUCUUGGUGUUACACUGAUGCUAUUGGCCUUUUAUCAGAAAGCUUUGCCUGCUCUCCCAGUGUCAAUCAUGCUAGGUGUACUGUUUUAUGUCUUGACUCGACUCUUACUUGAAGUCUUUGUUUUACAAUUUUCUUUGAACCUUCUGAUGUUUUAGGGAUAUAAUUGAUAUUAUUAGUAUUUGACAAUUGUUCACAGAAGUUAGUGAAUAAUUUUCAUGAUUUGUUUGUUGUAAUUUACAUUAUUCCGACAUAUGAUUGUAUAAUUCAAUUCUAUACUUAUAUAGCUGGUGCAAAACUUCUAUAA